GGUAGGAGAAGGCGGCUUUCUUGCAUCUGGCGAUGGUGGAGCGAUCGCGAGCGAAUAGCGAGCGAAUAGCGUUGCGCCAGGGAGAAGGUUUUGUUUCGCAGGGAAAUUUGGCAAUGCAGGGCACUUCUGCGCGUGAUGGUGCGUAAUCUCGGUGGAAUUCGUCCAAAUCUAUGGAUUGGAUCUAGAAAUUCUCUCCCCCCUGCCUCGCGAAGCAAGGAAUCGCCGCUGCCGGCCUUCUUAUCUCGCUUGGAGUGGCUUGGCUAUCGAUUGCUUCUCUUCAAUCUCGUGCUUCCCUCCCAUUCUUCGUGCUUCUUGAGUGAUAUUUUGGAGGGAAUCAAUGGAGAAAGGAAUCCGGGACAGGGCAGUAAAUGUAUCGGUGGCGCCGUGAAGCAAACGAAGGGAAAAGAAUGCCCGACAAAGGCGCGGUGAAAGUGUUUGGUCCUUGCCAAGCGCCUCUCCAGACAACAUACAGAAAUGAUAGUAUCUUUAGUCCUUUGGAUUCUUUCAAACGCACGCACUCUGCUUGCUCUAAUGGAGGCUUUGGACACACUAUGAUCUGCGCACAGCUCUUGACCAAUGUAGCCUCCGGGAUGAGUGACAGCAAUUCUCCUCAAAAGCAGACGAGGAAGAAGCACAAAGGGCGGCACGCCACGGACGCAAAGGUCCACGGUGAGCCGCUGGAGCGAAUCGAUGAAGAGGAUUUGUGCGCAGAGGAUUCUAGACGGAGGGACGCCUCCCGGCGCUUGUUUUCGUCAUCCAGUGACGUUACUGUCGCCAACUCCAUUGAAGCAAUCAGGAAGGAAGGCUUGCGUGUACGCCGUUCUCGUCUCGAGGAGGACAUAUUGAGGCUUCACAAGCGUUUAAGAAAUGAGCUAGAUCUGCGCGAAGCGCUUGAAAUUGCCUUAUCCGAUGCGUCCGCGGCCAUCCCUGAACAUGUUCCUCUGAAGGUGCGCAAACUACUGCAAGAUAUUGCAAUUCUCGAAGUCACUGUUCUAAGCUUGGAAGACCAAGUGCUGGCAUCCCAGUGGCAGCUGUGUAAGGAACGUAAAGAAAGUGCUGCAAUUCAGAACUCUGCUCCAUCGUCGUUCAGGCAAAGCAAAGCAUUCGACAGGAUCCCGCAAGCUCAAUAUUCACAAAAUUUAUUUUGUCAAGAGGAUCCUUCGUGCAGCGCUCUAGUAGACGAACUCUCGCCUGUAACCCCAGGUCUACGAAAGUCCUCUAGCCGUCUUUCGAGGUACAGCGAUGCUGAAAGUUCGGAACAACAGGAAGAUUCCUCCUACGAGCAUGGGAAUCUAGCUUUGACAAUCUCGGGAGAGCCAGAUACUCCAAGACGAUCAAGCUUUUGGAGUAAUUGCUCUGACGAAGACUACGGGAAGUCACAUAAAAGAGAAAAAUGCGACUUCGCUGAGAGCGAGAGGAUAAAACAUAGAAAACAUCAACGAAAGAAGACUAGGCAAAAGCAUUCUGAGCUAGUCGCUUGUUCAAGUUGCCCUGAAACUCCUCCACAAGAGUUUGAUGACACAAUGACGCUAUCCCGGAGGAGUAGCUUGCUUUUAAAAGGCCUCGCUUUACAUCCUAAUCGGCUUUCGGAGAAAAUGCUUCGCUGCAUGAUGGAUAUAUAUUGUCACCUUUCAGACACUGCCCCUUUCACCGCGUCUUCGUCACCGACCUCGCCUUUUACGCAAGCGAUCACAACACCUUCUAUGUCAUCGCUUUCAGAAUCUUCGUUUCUGUCUUUUGGUAAAAGCCCACUGGUUGAGUUGCCGAACAAGGAAGAUAUUGUGGGAUCCGAGAGCUUGUUUGAUCCUUACAGGACAAAAGAGAAGCUAUCCUGGGUGGAUAUUGGAGUUUAUAGUUCGGCGUUGGAAAUCAGGUGGAUAGCUGUUGGCAAGGAACAGCUUGGAUAUGCUGCUCGAGCUCUUCGAGAAUACAAAUUGUUGGUCGAACAACUAGCCAAAGUGGACAUCUUGUCCAUGGCACACGAAGAAAAACUAGCUUUCUGGGUGAAUAUUUAUAACGCUCUAGUUAUGCACGGAUACUUGGCGUACGGCAUUCCGAAUAGCGAGCUUAAGUCAUUCUUCCUCCUGCAAAAGGCAUCGUACGUGAUCGGUGGACACACCUUUACAGCGCUUGCUAUUGAGUACCAUUUACUCAAGCAUAAAGCUCCUGCACAUCGUCCGCAAAUCGCCUUACUACUGGCACUACACAAAAUCAAACUUACAUUGGAACAAACGAGUUUUGCAGUCGAUUAUCCAGAACCUUUGACAGUGUUUGCUCUAAGCUGCGGUGCGCGAUCUUCACCAUUGGUAAAGGUGUAUACACCAGAUAAUGUUAUUCAGCAGCUAAAGUCUUCGCUUCACGACUACAUCCGAGCAUCAGUUGGGCUCGGCGUGAGGGGUAAAGUCCUGAUUCCCAAGCUGCUCUACACUUACGCGCACGAAAACAUGGAGGACUCGAGCUUGCUCGCGUGGAUUUACCUCCACCUCCCGAGCCCGCAGGUGGCUGUUAUCAGGGAGUGCCUGCAACAGAGGCGUCACAGGUUCUUGAGCUCGAGGAAUUUUUCAAUCUUGCCCUUUGAUUUUCGGUUCCAGUACCUGUUUCUUAGGAGCUGAGGGGAGAAUGCAAUCGUGUACCAUAUGUGAAUAGAAGUAACUUAUUCUUUGAUUCUAA